CAGUGUUUCAGUGUCAGUGAUGGAGGGAGAUUCAGUCACUCUACACACUGAUGUUAAAAUAAACCAACAAGAAAAGAUUAAGUGGUAUUUUAAUGACACUCACAUUGCUUACAUCAAUAGAGAUCUCAGUGAUAUCUGUACAGAUGUUCAGUGUGAAGGUGGUGAUGAGAGAUUCAGAGGCAGACUGAAGCUGGAUCAUCAGACUGGAUCUCUGACCAUCAUGAACAUCAGAACCACAGACUCUGGACUUUAUACACUUAUGAUCAUCAGCAGCAACAGUGAUAGUGAAAAGAUCUUCAAGGUUACUGUCAUUGGUGUUCCUGCUGCUGGACUAUGUGAAGUGAAGGAGAGAGAUAAUGUCACUUUAGAUCCUGGUGUAAUAAAAAACCCAGUCGAUUCGAUGACAUGGUCUUUUAAUGACACUUGCAUCGCUGAAAUCACUGGAGAUCAGAGUAAGAUCUGUACAGAUGAUCAGGUUAAUUAUAGUAAUCAGAGAUUCAGAGGCAGACUGGAGGUGAAUCAAACUGGAUUCCUCACCAUCAGGAACAUCAGAACCACAGACUCUGGACUUUAUCAUCUACAGAUCAACAGCAGCAGAUUCAGCAUCACUAGGAGCUUCAGAGUUACUGGGGCGCAGUGCAAGGAAUGGACCAUAAAGAUGCUUGUGCACCAUCCUCAGGAAUACGUGUCACUGUUUUCCGUGGCUCUAUCAAUGUCUCUGAUUUGAUGCAGGAUAUUUACAAAGGG